AUGCAAGACUGGGCGCCGGUGUUCAUCUCGCUGGUACUCUUCAUCCUGCUGUCGCCGGGCCUGCUGUUCCAGAUUCCGGGCAAGUGCCGGAUCAUCGAGUUCGGCAACUUCCAGACCAGCGCCAUCUCCAUCCUCAUCCACGCCAUCCUCUUCUUCGCCCUCGCCGCCAUCUUCCUCAUCGCCGUCGGGGUGAACAUGUACCUCGGCUCGUAG